AUGUGUGGAAGAAGUAACCUCUCUUUACCUCCUCAACGCUUGAGAAAUGCCGCAGCACCACAUAUCGGAGCAAAUUUAAACACUACCCUGUGGGUCAAUCAAGCUCUCUACCAACCAAAUUUUAAUUUAACCACUGGAGCUCACUUGCCACUUUUCUUUGUUGACAAGAAUUUAAACGAUCAAGAAAAGGACAUAAAAAAGGAGGUUCCUGACAGUUGUGAUAAGAAGAAAUUAAUUAAAUUGGAGGCACAAGUUAAAAUAGAAGAGCCAACAUUGGCUACUAAAAUCAAGGACGAAUUUGUUGAAGUGAAGAAAGAAGAUAACCAAUCGAAUAUUAUUCUAAAAUCGGAAGAAAUUGUAAAGAAGGAAGAAUUGGAAACUAUUGAAGGACUAUGUAUAAGAACAAUGAAUUGGGGAAUGUACUCACAAAAGGCCAAGGCGUUUUCAAUGAAUAUUAGAUCAGAAUCAGUUGCUGAAAAGUUUGGAUCCAUUUUGAGAAGAAAUAGAGCUAUUUUAUUUGUUGAAGGAUUUUAUGAAUGGAAGAGUUCUACAAGUGGAGGAAAGGGUCAACCUUAUUAUAUUCAUCCAAAACAAAAGGGCAGUCUGAUAUGUUUGGCAUGUUUAUUUGAUAAGAAGAAAGGAGAGUCAGGAGAUGAUUAUCAAUUUUCAGUAUUGACUGUUGAUGCUGACAAGACAUUCUCACAAAUACAUCACAGAAUGCCAGCCAUUCUUACAAACAUUGAGGAUGUAAGAAAAUGGUUAGGUAUCUCACCAAUCAAGGAAGAAAAUCAACUACAGUCUCUUCUCUCCCUCUUGAAACCUUAUGAAUUUUCACAACACCUUGAAAUGUACAAGGUUUCAGAUUUUGUAAAUAGCACUGCCAACAAUACCUCCAAAUGUAUCAAACCACUCUCUGAAAUUCAACAAGGAAAAGGAAGCUUACAUUCCUUCUUUAAACCUCUAUCAAAGAAAGCCCCAGCAGAAAAACGUGUCAAAGACGAAACUGAAGAUUCCUCUUCACAUCCAUCCUCAAAGAAAAUCAAAUCAGAACCAAUAGAAAUUGAUUAA